AUGCAUACUCCUACAAGAAAAAAAGAACAACAACAACCUAUACCAGUAACACAGUUGAAUGAUAUUACACCAAAAGUUAAAAAUGAUGAGGAGAAAAGUGCUAAUCGUAGUCCAUGGAGACAACGAUUUCAAAUGUUUUUAUCAAAUAAAAAUGUCAGUCCAAAUAAAUCAAUUAUAGACAAGUUAGGACAUUUUUCAUCAAUUGAUUUAGUCAGGGAUAAAGAUCAUAAUGAAGUAUAG